CCGACCACCACCAUCAGCAGUCAGCUGCAUACAUUGAAGACCGAGGUCCAGCAGUUGCAGUCGACGAACGCGGACGACAAUCCGAAGAUGUACAAGUCUACAAGAUGCCAACUUUCAAUCUGGAGAGGUUCGACGACUACACGCAGCAGGAUCCGGUCCCCUGGUGGGAAGCAUUCACAACGCAACUCAGGAUUCUGCCCGUAGCCAAGCAUGCGUACAUCGGCGCCCUGUUCCUGAACUCAGAGGGCGGAUGCCAGACCUGGUUGAGCCACCUGGCAACCUCCCACGGCGUCGACGUACCAGACUUGAAGGACAAAAUCACAUGGGAGGAACUGACACGAUUGUGGAAGAAGCGGUUCAUCGUCGACGACGCGCCGACACUCGCCAUCAGCCGUCUGUUCACCAUGUCACAGGGCAACACUGCAACACGGGACUGGCUCACGGAGUGGCAGAAGAUUGCAGCAGUGCCCAAUCUGGACCUUGCUUUCACUCAUCUCAGACGUGAGUUCUACAACAGAUCCUGCGCUGCAUUGAGCCAGGCUCUUGGUGAUCGCGAGCAGUACUCCACUUUCGCCGAGAUUAUCGACAAGGCGAGAGAGAUCAUCAAGACCAACAGGUCAGCUGCACACGAGAGAUCAACAUGGCAGCCGACCUGUGUGGAGAAGGCACGAACUGGUCCGCGACAGCAACACUUCGCUGCAGUCCAGCAGGACAGUGGAGAUAACCCAGCAGCCACUCCAGCAUCAAGUGACGGAGAUCAGGUGGCUGCUGUCCAGCCGCGAAGCAACAACAAGUCUCGCAACAAUGGGAAGGCGAAAUCCGCAUCGCAGGCCGGAAAUGUUGGCUUGACCGAGGCGGAGUACAAGCUCGGGAAACUGAGCUCCGCGGAAGGUGAGGCAACUCCACCUUCUGCUCCGGCAGAUUCGGCCACCUUGCUAGCGGCCUCCUGCAUAUCUGGGGAGGAUGCGAAUGUCACAAGUCCUCGGUAUACUUACGAGGAUUAUGCUGUCCACUUGGUUCCACCGCUUGACCAACCGCUCCACGUGCAACAAUCCACCGCAUGCACGGUUUCAUCGCCAUUGGCAACCGAUUCGGCACCUUCGCCGCAACCUAUUGCCGGGGAUUCGACGUCAUGGUCAAGACUUGAAGAGCUCGACCCAUUGACGUUCACAAACUUCCAGUGGAUGCCCGUUCCCUUGACCGGACGAUUGCCGAAACCGCAUUGCAAUGUGCUCAUGGCACAACUGCGGGAUAACUUGCACACUGCAGUACCAGCUCCGUUGAUGGACGCCGGAGCAGAGGUUGUCGACCUUCACGCUUACAUUGCGAAAAUCGACCGAGAGUUCAAGACACAACGGUACGACGACAUCGACGCACCAUUGUUAUACAUACGCAUUCAGGUCGGAGAGGCGACCUGCAGUGCCUUGAUCGAUUGCGGAGCGUCGCGCAACUACAUCAACCAGGACUUCAUGGUGCGCACCGGCCUUGGCCCACGCGUCCGGAGGAAGUCCCAGCCUACGCAAGUCACGUUGGCAGACGGUCACACGCACAAGUCAAUUGACCGGUGCAUUGAUAACGUCCCAGUGUACUUUGCCCCUCACGCAAGUGAGGCGGUGUCCUUUGACAUUCUGGACACCAAAUUUGACAUGAUCUUGGGCAUGUCAUGGCUGCGAAGCGAGGAUCACCCGGUGAACUUCUUCCACCGCACCGUUCACAUUCGUGAUCGGAACGGAGUACUAGUUCCAUGCACGGUGCCUCUUCCUCAUCCUUCGAUCAGCUGCCACGUGGUAUCCGCCGCAAGCAUGCGAGCUUCCAUCAUCAGAGACGACAUSGAGGAGAUGGGGGUGUGUUUUCUCCACGCCCUCCCGCCCAAUGACCCUUCAUCGACGGACUCACCUUCGGAUCCACGCAUCACCGAACUUCUCGACGCCUACAGCGACGUCUUCGAAGGCCCGCACGGGGUAGUACCGGAUCAACCCAUCCGCCACGAGAUCAUCCUCAAGGAUGGGGCCGUACCUCCGCGCGGUUGCAUCUACCGAAUGAGCGAGGAAGAGUUAAGUGUGCUUCGGGCGCAACUCGACGACCUUCUGGAGAAAGGCUGGAUUCGGUCUAGCUCAUCGCCAUACGGUGCUCCUGUUCUCUUUGUCCGGAAGAAGAACAAGGACCUGCGGUUGUGCAUCGAUUAUCGCAAGCUCAACGCGCAGACGAUCAGGAAUGUCGGCCCUCUCCCACGCAUCGACGACCUUCUCGAGCGAUUGGGCGGCGCCCAGUUUUUCUCUAAGCUGGAUCUCAAGUCAGGGAACCACCAACUCGAGAUUCGCAAGGAGGAUCGUUACAAGACCGCGUUCAAGACACGUCGGAGUUUGGACGAGCAUGUGGAACACCUGCGCACCGUUUUGGAGCGGCUACGACAAGCCAAGUACAAAGCAAAACGCGACAAGUGCGAGUUCGCACAGCAUGAGCUGGAGUACUUGGGACACUAUGUGACGCUGCAAGGCAUCCGUCCGCUUGCGGACAAGAUCGAGGCCCUACGAGUAUGGCCCGAACCCACCAACACCAUGGACGUUCGUUCAUUCAUGGGUUUGGCGAGCUACUAUCAGCGAUUCAUCACCGGAUACUCCAGGAUUGUUGCACCUAUGACGAGGUUACAGUCGCCAAAGGUGUCAUUCGUAUUCGAUGACGACGCACGCCGCUCAUUCCAAGCACUUAAGAUGGCUAUGCUCAUGGCACCCGUCCUUAGCAUCUAUGACCCCACCCUGCCGACGCGAGUGACUACGGAUGCUUCUGGCUAUGGCAUUGGGGCAGUCUUGGAACAACACGAUGGCGACGACUGGCACCCUGUGGAGUAUUUCAGCCACAAAGUGCCUCCCAUCAACUCGCUUGAUGAUGCAAGGAAGAAGGAGCUGCUCGCAUUCGUGAUGGCUCUCAAGCGCUGGCGGCACUUCCUCCUUGGGCGUCGUAGGUUCACAUGGGUCACAGACAACAAUCCAUUGACCUACUAUAAGACGCAGGACACGGUGAGCAGCACGAUCGAACGAUGGAUGUACUUCAUCGACCAAUUUGACUUCACACCGAAACAUGUCCCCGGCCUCUCCAAUCGCGCAGCAGAUGCACUCUCGUGAAGACCUGAUCUUUGCGCUAUAACACAUCAUGCCUUCGCAUUCGACGAGGAGCUUCAGCGACACUUCAUCCG